CUUGUUUUCAUUGCACUUGGAGCAACAUUUCCCACACGAUAGUAAUUCAGAUUUUACAGCAACGAUUUAAACAUUUACAAGAACGUAACCUGAGAGCAAGCAACUUACUGGCCCUGAUCAGAAGGACAGAAUGAAGUGGAUAGUCCUCACACUUUGCUGUUUCCAUUUGACAGAAUGCCUUAAAAGAAUUCCACUGAAGAAGCACAAGUCGAUCAAGCAAACAAUGAGAGAGAAAGGGAUACUCUCAUAUUUCUGGGAACACCAUAAGAUGGAUAUGGUACAAAUGGGUCAAGCUCAGGAGUGUUCUGCCAUACAAAAAACAGCCGAGCCCCUUCUCAAUUACAUGGAUACACAGUAUGGCGGGGAGAUUUCCAUUGGUACACCACCUCAGAAUUUCACUGUUGUAUUCGAUACCGGUUCAUCCAAUUUAUGGGUGCCUUCUGUUUAUUGCUACAGCAGAGCUUGCAAAGAGCAUGACAAGUUCAUCCCAGAUAAAUCAUCAACUUAUACAAGGGAUGGCCGUCCUUUCUCUAUCCAUUAUGGUACAGGCAGUCUGACAGGAAUAAUUGGAAUAGACAGCGUCACAGUUGAAGGCAUCACUGUUGUGAACCAGAAAUUUGGUGAGAGUGUGACAGAGCCUGGUACAACAUUUUUGUAUUCCCCGUUUGAUGGGAUUCUUGGAUUAGCUUAUCCAUCUAUUGCAACAGCAGAUGCCACGCCUGUAUUUGACAACAUGAUGGCACAAGGCUUGGUAAACUUGCCCCUCUUUUCUGUGUAUCUUAGUAGAAAUCCAAAUGAUGGGGCUGGGAGUGAAAUUAUUUUUGGUGGAUUUGAUACUUCACACUUCAUCGGUGAACUCCACUGGAUUCCUGUGACCAACAAAGGAUACUGGCAAAUUCAGUUAGAUGGUGUGAAGGUUGGUGGAACUGUUCUGUUCUGUGAAAAUGGAUGCAAAGCCAUUGUUGACACUGGCACAUCCCUCCUUACUGGGCCAAGCAAGAGCAUUAAUGCACUUCAGAACAGAAUUGGAGCAGUUUCUAACAGAGAUGGAAUGUACUCCAUAGACUGUGGAUAUAUGUCCAGCAUGCCUGACGUGACAUUCACAAUAGGAGGUGUUGACUACAUUCUUCCACCUCAAGCCUACACACUUCAGGAGGAGGAUGAAUGGGGACAAAUUGAUUGCAGCAGUGGAUUCCAAGGCAUGGACAUACCUCCACCUGCUGGGCCACUCUGGAUCCUGGGAGACGUCUUCAUAGGCUAUUAUUCCGCAGUGUUUGACAGGGGGAACAACAGGGUGGGUCUUGCUAAAUCUGUCCCAUGAUGUCCCAUUGCACUGAUUCAGGUGGAUAGGAUUUCAACGAUUAUUGCAGCAACUUAGAACAUUGCGUGUAGCAUCACUUUGAAAUUAAUGAUUUUAACACUCAGAAAUUACCUCAUUGAAAAUUUUUGUCAAUGUUUCUAAACAAUCUCUACCACACAGCUUGCAAAUUCACAAUCCAGCAUUUACUAGGGUUUUAAUAUUCAUCAGGAUAUUGAUUUAAAACAAAUUUCAGGACAGACGGUAUCAUUGUUUCUCACACGGUUGUUGCACAGAGCCCAGAGUCAAUGCCCUUAAAAUCAUUGCUAUGAAAAUACUCAUCGCGUUCAGAGAUUCUAAAGUCACAGACCAGUAACUUCUGUGCCCUGUGAUUUUAUUCAAUAUACUGAGAACUUGAAGCUAAAAUGUUAGAUAUUUACCUUUAACUUCCAUCGCAAUGCAUUCCUAUCCAAAGAUCUCAACUCAGUUGCUAUUUUAAGAGUCAAUCCUGUCUAGAGAAAGGAGAAACGCCAGAAGAAAUGGGGAUUCCAUUUCAUGCAAUAAACAAACAUGCAUCAACGGCUUACAUCACAAUGGGUUUUAUUCAUCUCGAUUAGCAACGUUGCAUUGCUUCCGGAUGCAGAAAAUCUUUCUUCAAAAUGUUUUGUAAAAUGGGCUCCUUUUUAAAAACAUCUAUUUGUAUAAAGCGUGUUGCUUCUGUUGCUUGUUGAACUGGGACUAAAAUCACAAUCAGGAUCAACAUUGAUUGUUUUUGUAACUAAUUAAACUAACUUCCUCUCAGUUAAUGAUUAAUUGUUCAAGAAAUGGUUCGAGAAAUGAUAAGACCAGCAUUUACUGUCUAUCUCUCAUUGCCCUUGUACUGAAUGGUUUGCUGGGCCAUUUCUGAAGUUAGUUAAAACACAUGUAAACCAAAUUGGGUAAGGUUACCAUAUUUGCAUGCCUAAAUGACAAUAGUGGGCUAAAUUGGUUUAAAAUGGUAAUGGUUACAUGUUCGUUGUUAGGCCAAGCUUUUUUAAUUUCAGAUUUUUAUCAAAUUCAAGUUUCGCCAAUGCCAUGACAGGAUUCAAGUAGUGACAUUCCCAUUACACCAUCACCUCCUUUGUACUGUCAAGCAAAUAAUCAUAUAGAGCACAAAGGGGAAGGAAACAUAAAGAUUUUACACUGUUACACAUAAAUAAGGGCUCUCACCAGUUAUCGAAUUUAAUUACAACUUUUACCCUUCUCCCAAUACGUUUUAUUAUUUUAAAAACAGUAAGGCUUCUAUGGGGAAUUUGGCACCUUGAUAGUUUGAUUACAUUCUUACACAACUAUUGGCUGAUGUAAUAUGCCGUGUUAUAAUUGCAUUACCUUAAGAUGAAAGGGUCUAACCAUGAGCAACCUAUUAAAAAAGCCAUGAUGUGUAAUUUAAACUGAAACUCAUUCUGCUAAUAAAAAUCGAAAGAUCUGCAGAGCUGGAGAUCAGAAACAAAAACAGAAAUUGCUGGAAAAGCUCAGCAUAUCUGACAGCAUCAGUGGAGAGAAAUUUGAUUUGAUUUAUUAUUAUCACAUGUACCUAAUUACAGAGAAAAGUUUUGUUCUGCGUGCAGCACAGGCAAAUCAUAGCACACAAAGAUCAUGGAAACAUUUUAAACCAAAGAUGGAUCAGAAGGAGGAUUACAAAGUUACGGUUGCAAAGAAGAUGCACAAAAAGCAAAAUUAGAUUUGAGAUUUGACAUGUCUAUUCAGAAGUCUAAUCACAACGGGGAAGGAGUUGUUCUUGAACCUGUUGGUACAUGUUUUUGAGCUUAAGCAUCUGUUGUGUGGCGGAAGAGGUUGGAAGAGAUUAUAACCAGGGUUGAGGGGUGUUUAAUAAUGUUUGCUGCCUUUCCAUGGCAACAAGAAGUGUAGAUAGAGUCAUUGGAUGGAAGGUUGGCUUGCAUGAAGAUCUGGGCUGUGUUCGCAACAUUCUGGAGUUUCAUAUGGUUCUGGCCAGACUAGUUGCCACACCAAGUUGUGAUACAUCCAGAUAGAAUGCUUUCUAUGGUCCAUAAGUAAAAGUUGGUGAGCCUCAUUAUGGACAUACUGAAUUUCCUUAGGAUACAGAGGAAAAAGAGGUGUUGUGCCUUCUAGGCUGUCACAUCUACGUGGGUGGUCCAGGACAGAUCAGAGUUAACGUUUCAGGUCCAGUGAUUUUGAAUUUCUGACGGAGCUUAUCAAAGCUGUUGGGUUCAUGAUAUCUCCCACACCAUGGGAAUGGUGUGAAGUUGAAGCACUGAUAAGGCGUUGUUCAACAUGUUUUUGUUUGUUAUAUCAUAGAGCCAUUAUACACAUUUCUUUCAAUGUUUCUGCUCAAAAGGUGAGGGAAAUGAAUGCACUAAUAAUGCACAAUAAUUCGACAUCUUCCACAUUCACUAGUUUGCUGUGCAAUCUCUUCAAUAAUGUUGCGAUGUUUUAAACCACAAUAUAAUUUUAAAGAUGAGCUGCAGCUCAGAUUUUACAAGCCUUACAUUAAAUUAAACAAUGCUUCUGA